AUGUCUGACAUUGAUAAACUUAACAUAGAUAGUGUGAUAGCCCGUUUACUCGAAGUUCGUGGGUCCCGCCCAGGAAAAAAUGUUCAACUUACCGAAGCUGAAAUUCGUGCCUUGGCACUGAGAUCACGUGAAAUCUUCCUAAGGCAGCCCAUUUUAUUGGAGCUCGAGGCGCCUUUGAAAAUAUGCGGCGAUAUUCACGGCCAAUAUUACGACCUCCUUCGUUUGUUUGAGUAUGGUAGUUUUCCCCCAGAGGCGAAUUACUUGUUUUUGGGUGAUUACGUCGAUCGUGGCAAGCAGUCGCUUGAAACUAUUUGUCUCCUGUUGGCGUACAAAAUUAAAUAUCCGGAGAACUUCUUCCUCUUGAGAGGUAACCAUGAGUGUGCUUCUAUCAAUCGGAUAUACGGUUUUUAUGAUGAAUGCAAGCGUCGUUACAAUAUCAAACUAUGGAAGACGUUCACUGAUUGUUUCAAUUGUCUUCCAAUUGUUGCUAUAGUUGAUGAAAAAAUAUUUUGUUGUCAUGGAGGAUUAUCCCCCGAUUUGCAUUCUAUGGAACAGAUCCGCCGUAUCAUGCGGCCCACUGAUGUUCCUGAGCAGGGUCUUCUUUGUGAUCUCCUCUGGUCUGAUCCAGAUAAAGAUAUCACGGGCUGGGGUGAAAACGACCGCGGUGUCAGCUUUACUUUUGGUGCAGAUGUUGUCACUAAGUUCCUUCAUAACCAUGACCUCGAUUUAAUUUGUCGAGCCCACCAGGUUGUAGAAGACGGGUAUGAAUUUUUCGCCAAACGGCAGUUGGUAACCUUGUUCUCGGCACCCAAUUACUGUGGUGAAUUCGACAAUGCCGGUGCCAUGAUGUCUGUGGACGAGUCCCUGACUUGUUCCUUCCAGAUCCUGAAACCGGCGGAUAAGAAGAAAUUCAACCUCGGCCCCCUUAAUCCGGUUUGGCCUGUCACUCCUCCAAGAAAUGCGAAGCUGAAGGAUAAGUAG